UUCUUUCUGGCUGGGUGCUCGUCCUCCUCCUCCUACUUCUUCUUCCCUUUGUCUUCACGUUUCAGAAAUCCGCCCGCCCGCUAUAGAGGCACCGUGCUAUGCUAUCGCGCAGAAGCCCACGAAGAAUCUCUGAAGAAGAAUUUUUUUUGUGUGCACAUUUCUCUGAAGAAGAUUUUGACAACGAGAGAGGUGUGUCUGCUUGUUCUUCAUUUCCUGUCUUUGCUUGCUGCUUUGGAAUUUCAUAGUGCCAUUUUUCAGAACCUUCCUACUGUUUUGCAUCAAAUUUGUCCAUGAAUGAGCCUGACUUCCUCUCUCUCUCUCUCUCUCUCUCUCUCUCUCUCUCUCUCUCUCUCUCGGUAAAGGUAGUCCAGGAUCUACAUCAGCAUUCCGGAUUAUAUAGUUCGACUUUGUUCUCUGAAUGCAAUUGAUGAAGAAACAUCCUAGAAUGAAUGACCAAUUCAAUAACUUUUCGCUCAAUGGUUGUCAUAAGCAGUUGACCUACUGCUAGACCUCUGGCCAAUUAAGCAUUUCUUUUAUUUUUUAAAUUAAUUUUGACCAAUUACUGAUUCCAGGAUCCGUUUGUUUCGCAACCAAUUUGUCCAAAAUUUUAGAACCAAGUGCAGUAGUCUAGCGGCAUGUCCUGGAUGCACCUCCCUCUGUACUAAUUUGCUCAUGAAGUUCUCUCUCUCUCUCUCUCUCUCGGUAAAGGCAUUCCAGAGUGGUUACUUUGCAGGUUGAAAUGCACGCUCUGAUCUCUAUGCACUUGAUGAAGAAAUAUCCUACUGCCACUAGAAUGAGAUGACCAAUUCCAUAACUUACAGAUCAAGGGUUGCCAUAAGCAGUUACCUAAUGGUUGACCUCCGAACCUUAUGGCCAUUUUUUUCUUUUUUUCGAAAUGGAGGAUUACCCCCGGCCAAUGAAGCAUUACUUUGAGUUUUAUUAUUAUUUUGACGAACCACUGGUUCGUGGUUCGAAAUGGACAUCGCAUCUUCUUUCUUCGUACUAAUUCAACCAAUUCGGUGAAUCUAGGUAGUACCUGCUCUCCACCCAUCGUUUUUCAGCUUCCAAGAAGAAGAGAAACAGGGGCGGCGACGACGAUGCCGGCCGGGGGCACCAAGACGCGGUUCGGCCGGUGCCCGUACUGCCGCGCCAUGAUCUGCCAGAGCACCGCCGCCGCCAUCUACUACUGCACCAAAUGCCGCACUCCCAUCCGAGGCAAGAACACGGAGCCGACGGACGAUGAAACGGACAACACUCUCAGCAGUCUGGAGAUCCUCUCGGCCGUCGACACCGAGUCGGUCUUCUCCGACGAGCUCGAGGGUUCCUCUACGCAGCCUUCAGUCAUCGACGUCGACGGCGACCAGCCGCCCUUCUCGUGCGGCUACAACUCCAACUCCGAUGCCAACAGCCAGGGGAUUGCGGCUGCUUCCUCGCCGUCGCCGUACAGAGGCUUCGGUUCACCACGGGCCGGCCAACCUCGGAGCAAUAGCUGCGUAUCUCGGGGCGUCGAAGACGGCCGCGUCGGCUCGGAUGGGCAAGACGAGGUUCGAGUCGUUCGACCGGUGAACAGUCGCGUCGAUGCGCUCCGGGCGUCGUCUCGGCGGACGAGGCGGGCGUCGAGUGCUUCAGACCCGAGCAUUCUGCGUCGACGGGACUUCUCUGUCCCGGACCCCGAGGAGGCGCCAAGGAACGCGUCGUCCGGGCAGCAGCUCCGGCAAUCGGCGCUGAGCUCUAGGGAGCUCCGGACGUCUGCCAGCGUGUCCGCUGUCACGGCGUCGCCCCUGACGGACCCGGCGUUCCAAAGGGACCUGCUGCACGCGCUGGACAAGCUCCGGGGCAUGAUCGCCAACAUCGAGCUGCAGCCGCGGUCGACGAGCGGCGGGAGCGGGGCGGUGACGCGGCGCGACACUCGUUUGUUCCGGCGGCUGGAGUCGCGGCUCGCCGAGGAGCUUCCCGCCGAGAACGCGGCGGCACGUGGCCCGCGCCAGAACGGUUACUCGAGCACCGGCUCCGCCUCGUGGUCGUCGUCGACGUCGUCGUCCAACAGCCACGGCGAGCGGCGCGCGGCGAGGCCGCGGAAGAGGCGCCAGUGCCUCCCGGUCCUGGGGGGCGCGCCGUUCGUUGUCUGCGGCGGGUGCUCCGAGCUUCUCCAUGCGCCCACGUCGGCGGUGCCGUCGAGGAGGAGGGGAAACAUCAUCAGGCUGCGGUGCGGCGGGUGCGAGGAAGUGCUCGAGGUGGCGCUUCCCGCGGCUGCGGGUAUCGCUGGCCCCGCGCGGCAGACGAGCGGGGUGUCCGGCUCGGGUGAGCUGGAACGCGCGGCGGGCAGGAGCGGCGGUGCCGGUGCGCAGCAGGUGCCGUUGCUGCUGCACCGCGCGCUGGGGUACGACUCGAUGAGCCAGCUUCUGCAGAGCCGGCGGUACUGAAGUGCUGAGAGAUUUUGAUUUUUGAGCGAGCUUUUUACAGGUUCUUUUUCACUAGUGGUUCCAAGGCAAAUCUAGCACUUGGUACUGGUAACUGACCUUUGUGUGUUGUGGCUCAAUUGUUACA